AUGUCCUCUCCCAUCUUCCUUCCCCCUCUCCCUUCAGACUCGCUUCCUCCGGCGCCUCUACCUGCACCUCAUUCCCCCCAACUCAAGAAAAACUCCGACCUAGCAGUAGUCUUCAUCACCGUAGGUUUGCCUAUAAUAAUUAUUGCAGCAGCUCUGUGCAGAAGAAAUAAUACCAAGGUUAAACGCGUAAGUGAUGGACGGAAGAAUAUCGAGACGGGACGAGAAGCAGAGGAAGAAGAUUUGGAGGCGUCUCGGCGUGGUGUAGGGCCAUCACCGGCAUCUCCAUUGCCGCAGGGAACUGAGCUUGUACGCUAUCAAGUUGAAGUUGGUGCUAAAAGAUCUGUCUGCGCAAUCUGCAUGGAGGGCUUCCGGCCAUCGGAGUGGGUCCGUGCCAUGCCCAGGUGUAAGCAUGUGUUUCAUUACCUCUGCGUUGAUCCUUAUUUGAUCAGAGAUCAGACGUGCCCCAUUUGUAAAAGAGAUUUCGCCAAAGAGUUCCCCACUGAUAAAGCUGUUGUUGGUCUGUCGAGUUUUGUGAAGUCUGCGCACAAAAAUCAGUAG